UUACCACUCACCGUCUUACGUCGCAUUAUAUCACAGUGCCUCGUGUCUCGUAUUCGCCCACUUCUCACCUUUCAGCCAGUGACUAGGGCACAAGCACAACAACUUGAUCAUAUGAUUGCACGACAUGUGCAUGACUACUACCGCUUCCCAUUCCAUUUCAAUUCGACACUCCUCUCCUUGCCCAUUGACCUAUUUGGCAUGGGUUUUCCAUCCAUCUCUCGUCUAAAUGACACACUCGCACUCCAGGGUAUGCUACGCGACCUUAAUCAUCACAUCCCGGCCUUCCGUACCAUGGCAGCAAUUACAUUGUCCGACUGGAUGUGUAGCCUGAACCACUGCAUCUACCCUUUGGAUGGGCCUUCUCUCCGUCGCAGUUUCAAACGGCUAAAACAUGCUUUGCCACUGACUUGGAUUAUCGCACACGAGACAUUGCGAAACUCCGAGCUCAGUGUACCCACUACAGAUCAGUCAUUCCUCCUUGGAGAUGUCGCUCUACGCCAUUUAUCACGCGCAUGUCCAUCCUCUUUGUUUCCACUCUCCCCAUCUGUCAUUUCAAUUCUCGAGACUGAAGGGUACUCGCGGCUUGGUGACCUUCUUGUUGCUCAACCUGCGGACCUUCCUGGUCUUCGUCUUCGACUUUCUUCUGCGACAAUUGGCAUGCUCGGCGGAUGGCUGCAAUCUCUCAAUCCGAGUGCAAUGUCCAAUAUCUAUCUGGGCAUUCAACCAAGUGCCAUACCUUUGCCUGACCGAGUCUCGCUUCUUAUUCCUCGUGCUGUCAGGCAGCAUUAUGCAGAAUUGGCCCUACUUGGUGCUGUACAUGUCUCCCCAACAGUCCCACGUCCGCUUCUGCCAGAUUCCCUUAUCGCGUGCGAUGGCUCUAUGGUGCCAGCCCACGUUAACUUCGACUGCGUGCGUUCCGUAACAUUCGCAGUAACUGCUGUGUCAGGCGAGCUUGUCGGAUCUCUCGAUAAUUAUGCUAACGGCGCGACCAUUCUUCAUGGGGAAUUGUACGGUCUUAUCGUAUCGGCCUUGUUGGCUCGUUCGGGCGUGCCAAACUCCACAAUCCAUAGCGAUCAUCUAAACGCCGUACGCGUCAUAAACUCAAGCCUCGUCUCCCCCGUUCUACCCCACUCCUGGUCUAUACUACCUGCGCGUUCACUA